GCGCCACGCUAUAUAAUGGCGUCGGCGUUGCCAUGUCUCCAUUCUCGUCGCCGCUCCCGCCGACACCGCCGCGCCGCCGACGCCAUGUCGCCGCUCGCUCGCUCGCUGCUCGCGCUCGCCGCGAUACUCACUGUGUCAAACGCUAAAAUCACGCUCGUCGAUAUAGGACUGGGAACAAAAUGCGUUAAAUUUAUUAUGGAUAUCACGCCAAGACCUGUGCCAUAUCAACCGGGCCGUGGUUCUAGAUUUACAUUGAUGACUGACGGGCACAGUCAACCGCUGACAGGAAUUCCCAAUAAAUGUGCGGCGAACAACGCAGAGGUAGCCAGGCAGACGGUAGAGGUAUGCAACGAGUACCCCACGCCUUACGGACCCCAACCCUUACCUCCGACAGUCCAGGCCCUCGCUGGCCAGGUGCUGUCACCCGUGUUCGGGUCCUGUGGCGACGACACUGAGUGUGGACCUCUGCUAUGGAAGAUUGAGCAGGACUGUAGAAUCCCUGUUAGACCACUCAUGGCAAGUGUCCACUAAUAAGGUUAGAUGGGGUA